CAGAGACAGAGAAGAGACACAGAGGCACACAGACAUGGAGAAAGACAGAGAGAUAAAGGCUAAAAGAUAGAGACACACAAAGAGGCAGAGAGUCAGAUAGAGAGACACAGAGAAAACCAAAGAUAAAGAGUUAAAGACAGAGAAAGAGAGAAGGACAUAUAAAAACAUCAAAAUAUAUUUAGUCUCUUGGUCCUGCACUUACUAGCUAGGAAAUAGUACUAAUUUUUGAAGUUUCUAUUUGAUAGCUUUUUUUUUUGCCACUAGCAAAAAGAAAUUAACAUGAUUUCAAGACCAAUGUAAUUGAUUGUAGUUAAAAAAUUGUAUAUAUAGGUGGGUUUUUAAAAAUGGUCCUCCUAGGACCCCUCUGUUCCUGUUUUGUUUCAUGAUUUCCCUCUGGGAUUCCUGCCCUUUUAUUCUUCCAAAUGAAUUUUUUUUGUUUAGUUCUCUAAAAUGACACUUUUAUAGUUUAAUGAGUAUGGCACUAAAAUUGUAAAUUAGUUCCAGGUAGAAAUGCCAGACUUAGUUGCUUAGCAUACUUAUGGAUGUUGGCCUGUGCCUUGAACAUGCCUUAAACUAUAGGAAGGAUGCUGCAGGUCCUGUAAUGGCAACUGGAUGAGGUUGUUCAAAUGCGACUGGAGCCGGGAGUCAGCCACACAGUCACUGUUAUGUUGGGCAAGUCCCUUCUCCUCAGAAUUACUUCUGUCCUCCUCUCAUGCACCACCCUGUCUUCUCUGCCCCAGUGUGGGGGAUGGGCUGCUGAUAUUACUGCUCUCAGCUGCCUUUUUAAAGACUGCUCUGUCUGGGCUGACCACAUAAAGAUGCAGACAUAAUCAACCCUAGAUCACAACUGCCUGGAUCUAACGAUACCCCUUGAAACUUGUUCUACAACCAUCCGUGAUCUGUAAAAUGUUUAUCAGGAGCUCUAAUAGUCUUACCAGGGUCUAUCUUUUGGGACUAUUCUUCUGUAUUAUUUCAGGGUCUUGGGCCCAGGUACAGCUGGUGGAGACAGGCGGCAAACUGACUCAUGAGGGUCAGAACUUGACCCUGACCUGUACAGCCUCAGGACUCCGCUUUAAGGACUUUUCCUUUUCCUGGCACUGGAGCCCACUUGGAGGCACCAAGGAGUUUGUGGCCAGUAUCACUGCUGGGUUAGGUAACAAAAAGGAAUACAAGAAGAGCAUUCAAGAUAGAGCCUUCAUUUUCAGGAACAAUGAGGCUGGUACAGUCUCGCUGACUCUGAACCAUCUGCAGAAGGAGGACUCAGGCAUUUACUACUGUGCAAGACUCACCAUGUUUAUGCCCAGUUGGGGAGACUUUGGGCCAGGAACAGAAGUGAUAGUGCUUCCACGGGAUAAGAUCUUGCUAGAGGAAUUAGGAGGAGGCUCCUACCUAUAUAACCUGACCCUGAACCUCAAGUGUCAAACCUCUGGCUUCCAAUUCAAUACAAGUAUAUUAAGCUGGUAUCUUUGGGACCCUGGACAUGCCCCUCGGUGGCUGUCCAGCCUUGACCUCACAUCUGGAGAAACCAAUGAAGGCCGCAUCAUUUCCUCCAGGGAGAACAACAGCAGCCAGAUUUUCCUUCAGAUUAAAGGCCUGAGCCUUGGGGACUCUGGCCAUUAUCACUGUGCAAGGAGGGUGGGUGAUGGAAGUGACACAGACAAGCUGGUCUUUGGUCCUGGGACAGAUGUGACUGUGCAGCCUGGACCUCGGGCCCCUCUGUCACCCAGUGUGUUCCUGGUGAGGAGUCAGGAUACUGUGGCCUGCUUGGUCAGUGACUUCUAUCCCAAGGAACUCCAUGUGUCCCUGGCCUCCCCUAAGGCCUCAGUCUCAGCCCAGGCCCUCACUGUGACUCCCACAGCCCAUGGCACCUACAGUGCCAUCCAGAUUGGCAGGGUUGGUGAGAAUGACUCAGUAACCUGCUCAGUGCAGCACCUUGGGAAAGAGACCCUUGUGUCCUUCCAGCCAGAGAAGGAAAUCUUGUGUCCAUUGGAUUCUAACACUGUGCCUGGUGAUAUUAUCCUGCCUUCGGAGUCUGUGAAGCUGGAACCAUCCUACCCUGAUCAAGAUUUCACAGCAGAACUCAAGCAGAAGAAUAAGCUAUUCCUCAGUGUGUUGAUUCUGAGAUUGCUGUUUAUGAAGAUUGUGGCCAUAAAUGUCCUGUUCACAAUCAUAGCUUUCAUCUUCUAAAUUGCUUGACUUCUAUUUUUCUUCUCCUACAGCUGGAUUUCUCUUUUGAGUCCAUUAAUACUUUUCUUCCCUCACCUCUUGUUGGUCUGUAUAUAAAUCUCAGGAAGUAAAUAAAUUUAUUUGAAAAAAUAUUUUUAUAACUGAAUUUCAGUAUAAAUAGUUUCCUUUGUAAUUUUAUGUAUCUUAUUUUAUGCAUUUAAAAAUAUUGUUUGGACAAAGGGUCCAUAGAUUUCACCAAAGUAUCAAAUGAGGCCAUGACACAAAAAUGUUAAGAAUCCUUGUAGCAAGUUGUAGAUAAUAGAGCUGUAGUUUCAUGUGUAAUUCUCUUUUUCUUUUUUUGUAUUCUACCUUGUUAUAGAAAUGCUCAUUUUAUUCAUGAAUUCAGAAUAAAAAUAAAAAACCCCA